GCAGGGGGGCGUAACGUUAUAUGGAAUAAGCUAGUUAGGUUAGCAGAGCUAGCAAGUCUGGAAGCGGCGUUGUGGUCCCUCGCUUGUUCUCCUCUCGAGCAUAAACAAGCGAAAAACACAAAUAAGUCUCCAGUGCGUUUGUUGUAAACAAAAACAGCAGCCGUGCCCCGACGCGCCCCCACCCCCAGCGGAGCUGUCAUGUGGCAGGAGGCCCGCAAACAUGAGCGCAAGUUGCGCGGUAUGAUGGUGGACUACAAGCGCCGUGGAGAACGACGGCGGGAAUACUAUGAGAAAAUCAAAAAGGAUCCAGCCCAGUUCCUUCAGGUACAUGGCCGUGCCUAUAAAAUCCACCUUGACUCGGCUGUAGCAUUGGCUGCUGAGAGUCCAGUCAACAUGAUGCCUUGGCAGGGAGACACCAACAAUAUGAUCGACAGGUUUGAUGUAAGAGCACAUUUAGACUACAUCCCCAUGUACACACCUUCCCUUGUGAAUACCAGCACCCCUGAGCAAGAGUCAGAGGAGAGGAAGUGCAAUUAUGAACGUUACAGAGGUCUGGUGCAGAAUGACUUUGCCAACAUCUCUGAGGAGCAGUGUUUGUAUCAGAUAUAUGUGGAUGAGCUGUACGGUGGCCUGCAAAAACCAAAUGAGGAUGAAAAGAAAAAGCUGGCUGAAAAGAAGGCUCAGAUCGGCUACACGUACGAGGACAGUACAGUGACGGAAUCGGAUGCGCCAUCAGAGAAAGGAGACGAGGACAACUCAGAGAACAGCGAGUCUGAAGAGGAUGAGGUCAUCCCUGACAUUGAUGUUGAGGUAGAUGUGGAUGAACUGAACCCAGAACAGGUGAUGGAGCUGAACAAGAUGGCCACACCUUAUGGCAUGGCAGAGGGAGAUUUUGUCUGGAUGUUGAGAAAGGACAAGGAGGAAGUGGAGGCCAUAAAGCAUGCCAAAGCGUUAGAGGCCGAGAAGGCUAUGUACUCGGGCCGACGCUCCCGCAGGCAGAGGAGAGAGUUCCGGGAGAAAUAUAUGAAAGGCAGACAGAUCAGCCCACCGAGUUAUGCCAGAAGAGACAGUCCAACAUAUGACCCCUACAAACGGCCCCAGUCUGAGUCGAGUUCAGAGUCACGCUCCCGCUCGAGAUCCCCAGGCAACGAUAAGAUCACCUUCAUCACCAGCUUUGGGGGCAGUGACGACGAAGGCACUACGGCAUCACAAGCCCCUCCUGCUGCACAAUCAAGCCACGCCCCUUCCAACCCUGCAGGUCAUAGCAGGGGCUCCCGCAGGAGGCGCUCUUCCUCCAGCCGCUCCUCUUAUUCUUCAAGGUCUUCUUCACGUCGUUCCUCCCGUUCGUCUUCCCGGUCCCGGCGGAGCCGCCGUGGAUGGGGGUACAGGGACAGAGACGGUCGUCGUUCACGUUCUCGGUCACAUUCACGCCGCCGCUCUGACUCCAGAUCAAGGCAGCGCGGAAGUGGGGGUAGCACCAGAAGACGCUACGAGCACACGCGUUCCCGCUCCACAGACCGGGAUCGGGACAGAGACAGGGGAAGGCAUUACACAGCACGCAGACGAACAAGGUCUCGGUCUCGUUCUCGCUCAGCUGACCGCAGUCGCAGAGGUGGGCGGAGUUCUGGCUACAGGAGAGGUGGAGCCAGCAGCAGUCCGAGCCCCUCUCGGUCACUUCCUACCAGCCGCAGCCCCUCCCCUGCCUCUCGGUCAGCACAGCCCGCUGCCACUGCUCUUUCUGACAAGCUGAGAAAGCCUGAAACUCCGGGUGGUAAAGAGACGGGAGCUGCCAAACCCAAGAUGACCCCCCAAGAGAAGCUAAAGCUUCGCAUGCAGAAAGCCCUAAACAAGCAAUCCAAGGCGGAUAAGAAAGCAGCGCAGAUCAAAAUCCAGCAGCAGGAGCACAAGCGGCAGGAACGAGAAGGAGUGCUAAGAGCUAUGGCACGCAAAAUACGUAUGAAGGAGCGAGAGCGGCGGGAGAAAGAGAGGGAUGAGUGGGAAAGGCAGUACGGACGUCAGAGCCACUCGCCGUCCCCCAAUGCCAAAUACAGUCGAGAUUACAGCUCAUCCAGAAGGAGGUCCCGCUCCAGAUCGCGAAGUCCACACUACCGGUACUAAACAGAGCACCUGCCACUGUGAGAGUCAAGUGCAUUUGGAAAAAGCAGAGCAGGGAGACCUAAGAUAAGGCACAUAUGACAGGGAUUGGAAGAAGAGAUGGAAGGCGGCGUGAAGGUUUCUGUUGAAAUGGUUGGGGCGAGUGAUUUCAGAUGAUCUUUUUUUUCCUGUUGUUUAUUUUCUUAAUCUGAUUCAUGACCUGCACCCUGUUUGAAAGGUUGCACUGCCCUUUGGUUGGUACUAAUGAAUGUCUAUUAUUUCAGUGGAAAUAGACUUUAUUCUCUCUGCUAUUAUGUUUCAGAACAUACUGGGAGAUAGCCUUGCUUUAGGGAUAGUGGUCUGAUGUGGAAGAUGUCCCUUGAAUGUUUGAGUUGCCUUUUGCAGAAAGGUUAUGGGAUGAAUUCGAUUCACUCGCUCCAUUUUCUCACUCUUCCUUCCUCUGUUCACGGGAAUCUCCCUUCCUUUCCCCAUCGUGUGGAACUGAGGAUGGUAUUAACUUUACAAGCAGCUAAUCAAGAAGCUAAUUUUACAGUGUGAAUAAGAGAUCAGCCCCAACUUUGUACAUAGUCAGCUCAUGUAGGAAUGUGUGGGAAAUUCCUGAAAUGCAAAACUUGAAGCCCACAAUGAGAGGAUGUUGAUCUUCUAAAAACGUCCACUCAUUCACACUGUAAAUAUCUGUCUAACUGCCAUCAGUGAUGUUUUGGCUUGUGCUUUACCCAAAGUAGACCUCAAUACAUCCAAAUAAAAUGCUUAUAAACAAA